CUGAAAUUAAUUUCUCGAGAACUAUUAAACUGGUGUCGUGGAAAACAUGUUGAAAAAAAACCACAUUCCUUCUUAUUGCAAAAAGAGUUCUGUCACAUGAGGAAGACUUUCAAAAGUGGGUCUCUCUUUAGAUUUGCGUUGUUGCAUGAAAGUGCUUCAUUUCUGCUCAGUUGCCCUUGCAUUCUCUUUCCUCCCAGUACUAAGAUCCUCACCAAUCCCCCCUCCCUCCGUUUCCAGCAACUUCAUUCUUCUCCCUGUAUAAUAGUGGAUUUUUCAUGGUGGAUUUGUGGUGGGCUAUUUUAGGCUCUGUGCUGGCUCCUGCAUGCACCACUGUAAUCCAAUUGUGAUAGUGUUAAUUUUUAAAGCUUUAUUAUUGAAAUUGCUGAGACCUAAUUUUCUGAUCCUGUCACCGUUGACGACCGCUGUAAUCACCUAAUUCAAGUUAUUCCAAGCCAUUAAAGUCACACACAGGGAUUGGUCGUGGUCACUGAAGCAGCAGGGAGGAAGCAGAAUGAUAAGAUCUGUGUUGGAUGCAUAGGUCUUGUGUGUAUUCAUGUUUGCAGUGAUACAGGCAAUCUAUUUGUCUCAGUUUAACAAAUCCCAGAGAGACUUUUUUUUUUCCUCUUUUGUUAUGUGUGUGUACAGCUACGAGUGACCCACAGGAAGUCCUCUUGAAGGCAUUUGAAUGGCACUAUAAAACUCUGCUGGUGUGUGUAAAGAGAUUUGUUCGGGUCUAGGUUCACAUCAGUGCAUUUUAAAGUUAUUUCAAUGCAGGAACUCUUUUAUGAGUGGCAGUAGAAUACUAAUGUUCAUGUGCAUUGUGUUGCUGUAGCUACUGGGGGGGGGGGGGUAAUUGUAGCUCACACAGAUAUUUUCUUUCCAGUGUCUAAUCUGUGAAUAGAAGUAACACACACGCACGCACAUUGAGUUACAUACAGACGAUAGGGCAUGGACUCACAAACACAACUCUUUUUGACUACUUGGUUGCCAGGAAACUUAGCUCGAGUCUUUGAGAGUGAGAGUGAGGGAUAAUAAAAGAAAAGAAUAGUGUGUGUGUGUGUGGCCUCUGCCACAGUCUGGGCUUCUGGGGGCAGUUAGUUAACUCUCUCUGGGGGUGAGUGCUGCAGCCUGGGCUGUUAGUGCUGAUUGCCUCUCAGACAUCGCUGGCUUAGACAAACCUCUGGCCACAAAGCUUGAGGCUCCUGGAAUCAGCUGAAUCUCCCACAGACAAGACCCAGCCAAGGCCAAGACAGCAGCCAGAGGCUGAAGAUUUGUUUGAAAUGUCAUACAUUUAAAAAUGGUGUUUCAACACCUCGGAGCACGGGGGACUCUGGGGCCGUUUACUCUGGACACCCAUUGUGGACUGAGAGGAUAAAAUUGUAGUCUUGGUAAGUUUGAGCGUGUUAUUAACUGAGAAACUGUGCGUUCAGCUCUGCUAUGUGGACUACAUGAAUCAAAAGCUGCUCGACUGAAGCACUCCUGGAAAAGGUGCAUCUGACUUGACAGGUGAUGUUGCCAGGCCAAGAGCCUGUCAUUAUGCAGUUACAGCCUGGUACUGAAAUGGUUUUUUGGACAGUUUGACUGCAGUGGCUGAUACUCUGUACAACUCUAAUAAACCCCAGCUAGAAAGCCAGCAUUGGCAGUUUUGAGAGACCUGAAGAAGAGAGGCAAGUGGGUGAGUUGGUUUUGUUUGCCGAUGAUAGCACUAUGCUGUAUUUUUUAUUUUCUGUUGAGUUAUUACGCAAAACUCACACGGUGAAAGCAUUCCCUUGUGGUAAAUGACAGCAGCAUUGAUGUAUGUUGGAUAUGUUUUACAUUUGUUCGUGCAUUUAUAGUGCAUCAGCUGAAAAUAUGGGCUUCUUUUUGGUUCAUUUUAUGGCUGUGUCUGUGUAAUCUCAUAAAGACCGUCGCCAGCUGCCUGCCACAGAACAAGUCAGGAUGUAGUUGAUUAAAAGUUAUCAUGCUCAUAAACAAAACAUGAUCAAAUCGUCCCCAAGGUUUCACCAUUCUCUUCAUUUAUUACUUUAGCAUAAAUGCAUCUGUUGCAGUCUGCUUCUUCUUGUCAGUGAUGUAAAUAAAGAGGUGGAUAAACUAUCAGGAACUAUCAGGAUCACGCUGCAGUUAAUCACCAUUGUAAAAAAGAUAAUGGCUUCGGCAAAGCAUUGAUUUUUUUGCUUUCAUUACGCACCCUGUCAUCUAAAUCUCUUCUCAGUUGGUGCCACUUCCAGUGAAUUUGUCUCAUAAACGUUUAUGUCAGUCUAGAAAUGAAACCGAGAGCCUUUGCUGUCCUCCACUGCCCUUUGUAGGUACUGUUUUGAAGAAGGUUUAAAACUAAGUUUUUCAUCAUCUCACAUUUCUCUCCUCUACCUCAAAAGUGCUUUUUAAUCACCACGCAGCAUAAUGUAACAAAUCCUACCUUUUAUUCCUUCUAUUACUCAUGCUGCUCAUUUACCUGACAUCGGUAUUUUAUUUCACAUCACCUGACUUAACCGAGACUUGACAUGCUGUGGCAGGCUGCCGCCUUCUCUAUCCAUUUCUGAGACAUAAUUUGGGGCACCUACUCACCCACCUUUGAAAGCCACUGAGCUGGGGAGGCUGAUUUCUGUCAAAAAUGAAAGACCUUUGCACACCGUUCAACAGAGACAUGUUUGGAUAGAGUGAAAAGAGCCAACAAAGGAAGUCAGCUGCUGCUGUGACUGCAGUAUGAUUGUGAUGACAUGACAACCCGCUGUGAAACAGAUAUAGAAGGUUACUAAGGAAUUACACAAGCUGGGAACAUCUUGUUUCAUCUUGUAACGCCUAGAAAGGCAGGGAAAUUAUUAUUUGAUUAGUGAGUCUUCUAUACAGACUUGCGCGCACAUGCUUUACCUUCCUGACCUUUCCUGGUGUGCUAGUGAUUGACUGACAGGUCUGAGCCGUAACCAUGGGAACGAGGAUGGAGGUGGCACAGCUUGAGAGCAGGAUGAAUACUGAGGACUAUAGAAAGCUACAGGGCCUUUUCCUGGACCGCUUGGGUGCAUCACGGUCCUUGUCCAGAACUGAAUUCAUUGAGCUGGCUUGGUCUUCAGUUGGCCGUGGCUCCAAGGAGGAAUAUGGUCUCUUGUUCGACAGCGUGGUUGUCACUCAGGAUAACCGCGGUCUCCUUCUGGACAUCGACGCCGUGAAGGAGGAAGGACGAGUUGACUGGGGAGGCCUGUGCUCUUUUCUGUUACUGGAGCUUUCUGAUAAAGUGAAGAACACCAGAAGCAGCAGUGUGCCUUGCUGGACGCCACCUCGCACUUUGACCUGCCCCCAUCGAGACCCGGUUCAAAAGGUGUUGCACCUGCAGAGCUCAGGUCAGUAUCUGACCGUGAGUAAGGGAGGAACUGUGGGACUGCGGGACGGAGAGGACAUGUCCCUUCUGCACACUCAUCGACUGCAAAACAGCACAGUCGCACCCAAAGACCUAUGGGUCACUGAUAUGGUGCUGCUGCAUAAUGUGCACAAGAUAGCCGUGUCUUUCACAAGUAAGGAGGUAUGUUUCUAUGACAUACUGUCUAAACAAGACUUGAGCUGCUCAUAUAAACUCCAGGGUCUGAAGUUUACUCCCUGGUGCCUAGACUACUGGGCGGAUCCCAGUCAUCUGGACCAGGCUGUUCUUACCAUAGGUGAUGUUGGAGGACAGGUAAUACACAGAGAGAGGAAUUAAAAGAAUAAAAGAAACAUUGUCAGGAGUCUUCAUUUUUCUGCAUCAUCUGUCCAUUGCUUCAUAACUGAAUGUGUGUGUGUGUUACUCCAGGUCAGUGCUUUAUAUUUUACCUCAGCUAAUAUCUCUCUUUUUGAGAGACUCAGUCUGAGGACCAGCUCAGAUUCGGCAGCCAUCAUCCUAUGGGAUGAAUUGGUUAAAGGAAAGCAUCGCUCCUGUUACACUGUGACACACCAGGCACACGCACCUGCCUGGGUUAGAAAAGUACGUUACCUGGGCUCACUGGAGGCCUUUGUGUCGUGUAGCACCAGACCACAGAGCAGCGUGGUGGUGGGCUGGAGGGAGAAGGAAAGCAGAAGUCUACGAGUCACUUCUUUCUCUACAAAGAGGGGUGUGUGGGACAUGGACUACCACUGUGGACUCGGUCUGAUAGCCACAGCAGGUGUGGACCAUCAGGUCUUGCUGUGGAACCCCUAUGUGACCUCAGAGCCAGUUUGUGCACUCAGCGGGCACAUGAGCCCUGUCGCUGCAGUUUGCUUCAUGCAGACAAAGCAACAACUGCUCAGCUACUCCAAAGAUAAGGUUCUGUGUUUGUGGGAUGUAUCGAGUCAGCUGUGUGUUCACCGUCUGGCUGGUGUCUUCCCAAAGACACAGGAGGACACACACACCCUCCUCUUCCUCCACGAGGAGCGUCAACUCCUCCUGCUUUCCUUCAACAGUCUCCUCGUCCUGCUGGAGACUGUGAAGGAGGAGAAGAGGACCAGCAGCCACGAACACCCUGUCACCUGUGUGCUCUAUAAUAGUCUGUUCAGACAGGUAGUGAGCAGUGACUCUGCCUCCUCUGUGGUCUGCUGGCUGGCCGACACGGGCCAAAAGGUCAAGCAGUUCCACCGUUGCCAUGGCAACGCCGAGAUUUCCACCAUGGCCCUGGAUGGUACGCAGACCCGGCUGUUUACUGCGGGCACUGACGGAGAAGUCAAAGUGUGGGACUUCAGUGGCCGCUGUCUCCACAGAAUGAACGCCGGUCUCGGUCGAGCUGUGGAGAUCUCACAGGUCUUGCUGCUGAAGAGGAGUAUACUGGUGAUGGGCUGGGAAAGGAUGUUAACAGUUUUCCGUCUGCAUUCCUUCUCGCAGUCUUUUGUUGAGCCAUCGGAGUGGAAAGGAGGAGUUCAGCAUCGCAACAAUGUGCUCUGUGCCGCUUUCCAGCACCCACAGACUCUGGUUACAGGAAGCUAUGAUGGAGAGAUUAUAGUGUGGAACAACAGCACAGAAAAAGCUUUGAGGAAACUGCACUUCCAUGCUGAACACACAAAAGAUCAUUUCCCAGAUUCUCAUCUUGGUUUGAAUGGCAAAGAAGACUCUGAUAAUUCCAUUGCAAUCACUAGAUUGUUUUUUAUACCAGGACGCACGUCGGCCACUGCAGCUACAGGUGGUGCAGACUUGGUGUCCUGUGGAGGUUCAGGUGUGGUCAGACUCUGGAACACCAAUCACAGCCGUCUGGUGGGACAGUUCACAGCACACAGCAGACAUCUGGGGUCUAUUGUUAUGACUAUCAGCCCCUGUGGUAAAUACAUAGUCACAGCUGAUAGGGAGGGAUCACUCAAGACUUGGGACAUACAGGAUUAUUGUCUUCACCCAGAUGACGGAAUAACCAAGGAACCUCCAAAACUACUGUGUAGUGUCCGUGCACACCUUGAUCGUGUGACUCACCUGGAGAUAUGUAUCCAAGGUGAUAGUGUCCUCCUCCUCUCGGCAUCAUCAGACUGCAGUGUAGCUCUGAGCUACCUCCCAGGAGAAACUGUUGGUCUGUUCGGGCAGGAGGAGCCGUGGUGCUUGGAGAGAGCUGGACCUCCACACCCAAAGCAGGACCGUGGAGACCACGGAGGGCAAGCAAACACCAGACAGACAGGGAAGAGGUCACCUCCAACUCCCAACAGGGCAACCUCUGACCAAGGACCCAACACCACUGCAGAGGGUGGAGAGGCAGAUAACUGGACAGGAGCUACCAGGAGAGAUGAAGAUAAUGAGUAACUGACACCCAACCAGGAUAACAAAAUGGCACCCAGCCUCAGCCUCGAUGGCAAUUUUGUGGUCUGUUUGCCUUCAUGUGGUCAGUUUGUGAUCCUCACUUAGCUGACUUUUUGGUCAUCUCCACUUAAUUAUUAAUUUACUUUUUUAGCACAGAACACAAUUAUUGUCCAACUGGAAUGUGAAGGUAUGUGA